UGUCUAGUUUUGGGUUGUGAGGAUGGGGUGGGUUCUCCAGUUCCAACACUACUCACUGUUUCUUUUGUUUUCUUUUGUUAUUUAGGACAUGUCUCUGUUUUGAUUCUACGGAUCUAUGUUUACAUUUUUGCUCCCAGACUGUUACUGUACUGCUUGAUUUUUUUUAAUAUGCCUGCUACCUUCUAUGCACUAACAAUUGAUGAUGGUUAAUACACUUAAAUUUGUGAGCUGGAAUGUAAAGGGAUCGAAUCAACCUGUUAAAAGAAGGAAGGUCUUCUCGCACAUUAAACAACUCAAAGCUGACAUUGCUUUCCUUCAAGAAACUCAUAUUCGUAGUUCUGAUCAUUCUCGGCUUUUGUCAAAGUGGGCGGGUCAGCAUUUUCAUUCAUCCUUUGCCGCCAAAGCUAGGGGGGGGGGGUCUCCAACCUUAUUAAUUCAAAUAUUCCUUUUGAACUCCAUAAUAAGAUAUCUGAUACAAAUGGCCGUUUUAUUAUUGUUUCUGGUAAACUAUAUAAUACUAAAGUUGUACUAGCAAACCUGUAUGCUCCCAAUUUUGAUGAUGUUAAGUUUUUUGAAUGUUUUUUCUCCUCACUACCAGAUUUAAACUCAUAGUCUCUUAUACUGGGUGGCGAUUUUAAUUGUUGGUUAGAUCCUAAUUUGGAUCGAUCGUCCUCUGUUACUAGAUUACCUACUAAAUCUGCCUUAGCUAUUCACUCUUUUCUUUCUAAUUAUGGUAUCUCUGAUAUAUGGCGUUUCCUUCAUCCUACUGAGAGAGAUUUUUUUUUCACAUGUUCACCAUACAUUUACUAGAAUUAACUACUUUUUACUUGAUAAUCAACUUAUUCCAUUUGUCUAUUCUUGUGAUUAUCAGAGUAUACUGAUUUCUGACCAUGCCCCAAUUACUUUGUCUUUAAAUUUUCCUGGUCUCCCUCAGAGGAAUAAACACUGGCGUCUUGCCUCGACUUUAUUAUCGGAUGAUGAUUUUCUAAAAUUUAUUAAAGAUCAGAUAACCUUGUAUUUUAACACCAAUACGUCAUCUGAAAUGUCAUCCCAGAUUGUCUGGGAUGCCAUAAAAGCAUAUUUGAGGGGUCAAAUAAUCUCCUAUACAGCAAAUCUUAAUAGAAAGUUCUGUACAGAUCGAUUAGACCUCAUUAAUCAGAUUAAAGAAUUAGAUCAACUGUAUGCUCAAACUAAGAAUCCUGAAUUAUAUAAGAAGUGUGUAGAACUUCAAACUAAAUUUAAUCUUCUGUCUACUCAACCUGUUGAACGCCAACUUCUUGAAAGUAAGAGUCGCUUUUAUAUUCAUGGUGACAAAUCUGGUAAAUUUCUAUUCAAUCAGCUGAGGCGUUCCAAAGCCAAACAACAUAUUACAAAGAUCCGGAAGGAGAAUGGAGACUUUACAUCGGAUCACUUAGAAAUCAAUGACGCAUUUAAAAAUUUUUACUCUCGACUUUAUUCCUCUGAAUCUCUGAAUGAGAAUAUCUCUGUUGAUCAUUUUUUAAAUAAUCUGAAUAUUCCUUCACUUUCAUCUGAUUUUAAAGCCAAACUUAAUGCGCCUAUAUCAUCAGAAGAAAUAUCUUUUGCAAUUUGUGCAUUGUAUUCAGGGAAAUCUCCUGGACCUGAUGGGUUCCCCGUAGAAUUUUAUAAAUCAUUCUCUUCACUUCUUUCUCCUCAGUUACUCUCAGUAUUAUCUGACUCAUUUAAUUACGGUAAAUUGCCACCCUCUUUUAAUGAGGCAUCUAUUAUCCUUUUAUUAAAAAAGGGUAAAGACCCAACAGAGUGUUCCUCGUAUAGGCCGAUCUCUUUGCUUAAUGUUGAUGUUAAAAUCUUGGCCGAAGUUUUGGCUUAUAGAUUAGAAACUGUUAAUCCCUCUAUUAUUUCUGAUGAUCAAACUGGUUUUAUUAAAAACCGUCUUCCUUUUUUUAAUAUUCGGCGUUUAUUUAACAUUUUAUAUUCACCUUCAACUGGGAUUCCUGAAUGUGUUAUUUCCCUCGAUGCGGAGAAUGCAUUUGAUCGUACAGAGUGGAACUACCUUUUUGCAGUUUUAGAAAAAUUUGACUUCGGUCAAAGUUUUAUCUCUUGGAUCAAAUUGCUGUAUCUGUAUCCUACUGCCUCUGUUUUGACUAAUUUUCAGAAAUCCCAGUUAUUUAACCUCAAACGUGGCACCCGUCAGGGAUGCCCUUUAAGUCCCUUUCUCUUUGAUUUGGCUAUAGAACCUUUGGUGAUAGCAUUCCGAAGCUGUCCUGAAUUGACCGGGAUUUGGAGGGGGUGUUGAGCAUAAAGUUUCUCUUUAUGCUGAUGACUUAUUACUUUUUCUUUCAAAUCCGUCUACAUCCUUACCUCCAAUGUUUUCACUUCUUGAUCAGUUUAGCCAGUUUUCUAGCUAUAAACUUAAUUUACAUAAGAGUGAACUUUUCCCAAUUAAUAAAGAAGCACAAGAAUUAACAUUUCGUGACCUCCCUUUUAAAGUAGUUCAUAAUCAAUUUACUUAUCUUGGGAUUACAGUCACAAGGAAGUUUAAAGAUCUUUUUUGUGAAAAUUUUGCCAAUCUUUUAUAUACUACAGAACAGAGUCUGUUACAAUGGUCACCUCUAUCUAUGUCUUUGGUAGGUCGUAUUAAUGUUGUUAAAAUGUAUGUUCUCCCUAAAUUUUUAUAUUUAUUUCAAUCAAUCCCAAUUUUUAUUCCUAAAUCUUUUUUUGAUUCCUUAGACUCUAUUAUUUUGUCAUAGCUGUGGAAGAAUAAGCAUUCUAGAAUUAAUAAAGUUUAUCUCCAAAAAUCUAAAAAAGAGGGUGGCAUGGCUUUACCUAACUUUCGUUUAUAUUAUUGGGCAGCCAAUAUACGUUGUGCUACCUUCUGGUCUUUUUUCCAAGGCCAACCCGAGUGCCCUAAUUGGCUGGCAAUGGAGUUGAGUUCCACUAAAGAUUUAUCUAUUUCUGCACUUCUUAGGUCUGUACUCCCUAGUAGUUUGUCCAGAUUAAUUGUUAAUCCUCUUGUUAGACACACUGCGAAUAUGGGCUCAGUUUAGGAAAUUUUAUGGUUUCUAUGGUUUUUCCUUUUCUAGUCCUAUCUUACAUAAUCACCUUUUUUUUUUUUACCUACUAUGUAUGAUUAAACACUCCAUGAUUGGUAUAGGAAGGGCAUUAGACAUUUUGAAGAUCUUUUUAAUGAUAAUCGCUUCGCAUCUUUUCAACAGCUCUCUGCUAAGUUCUAUCUGCCUAAUGCUCAUUUUUUUUAGAUAUCUCCAAAUUAGACACUUUAUUAAUCCUUUAACUCCUAACUUCCCUGAAAUGCCUGAGAAAAAUGUUAUGGAUUUAUUCCUUUCUAUUAAUCUACUGGGUAAAGGUUUGAUAUCAUUUAUUCGUGAUAAAUUAGCAAUCUUACGGCAUGCCCCUGUGGAUAAAAUUAGAAUGGCUUGGGAGCAUGAUUUAAAUAUCUCUUUAUCUGAUGAGACUUGAGACUUGAUUCUCAAAUCGGUUAAUUCAACCUCUCUUUGUGCUCGCCAUUGCCUUUUACAGUUUAAGAUUGUUCAUAGAGCCCAUAUGUCUAAAUCUAAACUAUCUCGAUUUUACCCUAAUAUUAGUCCUCUUUGUGAUAAAUGCAAAAGGGGCGAGGCCUCUCUUAUUCAUAUGUACUGGUUCUGUCCCAGCUUGGAGAAAUUUUGGAAAGAUGUCUUCAUAACUUUAUCUUAUAUUCUGAACCACCACUUAGAACCUAACCCUUUAAUUGCUUUGUUUGGUUUUUUGGGUGAGACAGAUUUUCGUUUGAGUUCGACUAAGUGUCGAAUAUUAUCUUUUGCUUCUCUCCUGGCUAGACAUUUAAUCCUCCUUAGAUGGAGAGAUGUUGCCCCACCCACGCAUGCUCAAUGGCUUAAUGAUAUUAUGUCCUGCUUAGACCUUGAAAAAAUUCAUUAUUCAGUUCUUAAUUCGGAUAUAAAGUUCCAUAAGGUCUGGGGACCUCUUAUUGAGUACUUUCAUAACCUUCCUCUUAACUUUUUUUUCGGUCCCUUGCUUUCAGCUCUUUUUUUUUGGUAGUAGGCAUUAUUAUCUUCUGUUUUUAAGUGUAUUUACAGUUUUGGGGGUUUGAAUGUCCUGAUUUAUAUUCUCUAUAUUGUGUUGUGGUUGGUCUGGAGUUUUUUUUUUGUUGUGGGGCUUGGGGAGGAUACUAACUUUACAUGACUUCAAUUUGGGUGCUUUCUCAAUUACCUUUUUUGUAUUAUACUAUUAUUGCAUGUUUAUUUUUGCACUGUAUUAAUUUUCUUCAUUUUGGUUUAGGUUUUUUUUAAUCUGUAGUAAUGUAGAAAAUGCAUAAAAAAAACAAUAUUAAAAAAAAGAAUUGGGGAUCAUACAGCGGUCCGACAGCCCAUGGGCCUCCCCCCUGCACAUGGUGCCCAAAGCACCCGGGGGCUGGAGACCAUGUGGCGACUACCGCCGACUGAACGAGGCUACAACUCCUGACUGCUACCUCAUGCCGCACAUACAGGACUUUGCAGUAAACCUACGGGGGCAAGCAUCUUUUCCAAAGUAGACCUCGUAUGGGGAUACCAUCAAAUCCCAGUACACCCUGAAGACAUCCCCAAAACAGCACUCAUCACCCCGAUGUGAGGCUUGUGUGGGGCUUGGGGAGGAUACUAAUUUUACAUGUCUUCAAUUUGGGUGCUUUCUCAAUUAUCUUUUUUGUAUUAUAGUGUUAUUGUGUGUUUAUUUUUGCACUGUAUUAAUUUUCUUCAUUUUGAUUUGGGGUUUUCUUUUUUCUGUCUUUAGUGAUGUAGAAAAUGCAUAAAAAACUAAUAAAAAAAAGAAAAUUUUCCUGAACACAUUUCACAAACUCUAACCCAUCUAGACCUUUAACAGUAUGGGAGUCCCAAUCAAUGUGUGGAAAAUUAAAACCCCCUACAAUCACAACUUUCUGUCUCCUGCAGUUAGUUGUCUGUUAUCGCUCUGCAGAUUUGCUCCUCCAAUUCUCGCUAACAAUUGGGUGGCCUAUAAUACAACCCUAUUAAUGUGGUCAUACCUUUCUUGUUUCUCAGCUCCACCCAUAUGGCCUCAGUAGACAAGCCCUUUAAUCUUUCCUGCUGAAGCACUGCUGUAAUAUUUUCCCUGACUAGUAAAGCCACCCCCUCCCCCCACCCUUCAUCCCUCUGCCUCUAUCACGUCUGAAACAUCAGAACCCUGGAACAUUGAGCUGCCAGUCCUGCCCCUCCUGUAGCCAAGUUUCAGUAAUGGCUAUGAUGUCAUAAUUCCAUGUGUCAAUCCAGGUCCUCAGCUCCUCUGCCUUUCCCACAAUACUCCUUGCAUUGAAAUAUACACACCUCAGAAGAUUGUUACCACCACACACAACCUUACUAUUUAUGACUUUGCAUGAACUACUAACAUCAUUUAUUUUUACCCCUGUUCCACUAUCUACUCUGGCACUCUGGUUCCCAUCCCCCUGCAAAUCUAGUUUAAACCCUUCCCAGUAACACUAGCAAACCACCCUGCAAGUAUAUUGGUCCCCUUGUAGUUCAGAUGCAACCUGUCUCUCUUGUACAGGUCCCACCUGCCCCAGAAGAGGUCCCAAUGAUCUAGAAAUCUGAAACCCUGCCCCCUACACCAGUUUCUCAGUCACGUGUUCAUCUGCCAGAGCAUCCUACUCUUACCCUCACUAGCUCGUGGCACAGGCAGCAAUCCGGAUAUUACUACCCUUGAGAUCCUGUUUUUCAACUUCCUACCAAGCUGUACUCACUCUUCAGGACCUCCUGACUCUUUCUGCCGAUCUCAUUGGUACUGAUGUGUACCACGACAUCUGGCUGAUUCCCCUCCCACUUCAGAAUGCUGUGCAUGCGAUCAGAGACCGCCCUGACACUGGCACCCGGGAGGCAACAAACCAUCCAGGAGUCUCUGUCACGACCACAGAAUCUCCUGUCUGUACCCCUGACUAUCGAGUCCCCUAUCACUACCGCUCUCCUCUUCUUCCUCCCUCCCUUCUGCACUGCUGAACCAGACCCAGUGCCAGAGAUCUGGCUGCCUUAGCGUGCUACAUCACAUGCCUGCGCAGUAGAGCCUCUUUUCCCCGAUCAGUUAAAGAAAAGAAAAACGACCUUCCCUCAGCGAUGCUUCAGUCUUUCACUCUCAGCCUCUUGCUUCGAUUGAAAAGCUCGUUCACUCUCAGCCUCUUGCUUCGAUUGAAAAGUUCAUCUAUCUUAUUCCAUAUACUGUGCACAUUCAAAUAUAACACCUUCAGUCACCCUGUGUUCACCCUUUUGUGAUUUUGUCUACCUUUUACAUUGCAGCUCAUCCUGUUGGUUGCAAUUUUGUCCUAUCAACAGCUUCUCCCACUACACAUUUCCUCUGUUUGUUCUCAUCCCCCUGCCAAAUUAAUUUAAACCCUCCUUAACAUCUCUAGCCAACCUCCCUGCAAGGAUAUUGGACCCUUUCUGGUUCAGGUAUAACUUGUCCCUUUUGUAUAGUUCAUACCUUCCCCAGAAGAGAUCCCAGUGAUCUAUAAAUUUGAACUCCUGCCCCUGCACCAGUUCCUCAGCCACAUAUUUACCUGCCAAAUCAUUCUGUUUCUACCCUCACUGACAUGUGGCAUGGGCAGCAGUCCAGAUAUUACUACACUGGAGGUCCUGUUUCUCAGUCUACCUAACUCUCUAAAAUCUCUCUUCAGGGCCUCAUCACCUUGUCUACCUUCAUCAUUGGUGCCAAUAUGUACCAAGACCUGGUUGCUCACCCUUGUCCUUGAUAACACCAUGGACCCAAUCCAAAGAAUUAUGAACAGAUCUUCAGUUCAUCCGGACACUGGAAGUGUACUGCCAACAGUGUUCCGUGCUUCAGCAUUCACACCACUUGCUGCUCCUUUGAUUCUAGCUAUGCUACUACCACACAAACGGAUGAAACCAGCUUUGUUUUGGCAGCUCCUCUUUCAGUCAUACAGUGCAGGAUACAACCUGGCAAAUGGAAACAAAACUGCUGGUAAAGGUGAAAAGAUUCCUUUAAGUGAAGUUCUCCUCCUGAUUGGAGCUGUGUCCUACACUAUGUGCUUGGGAGUCUUCCCUCAAUUUAUGGUGUAUCGCUAUGGAUUAAACAGUCAGGCAAUGCGCAGUCUCUUUACGAAGGUUCUGCCAGUUCCUGUUCUUGCAAUUGCAAGUGCUGUCAAUGUGGCUGUAGUUAGAGGAUCCGAAUUUGAGAAAGGCAUUGAACUGACGGAUAAAAAUGGCAAUGUUGUAGGAGUCUCCCAAGCAGCUGGAACUAAGGCAGUAAAAGACACAGCAGUUUCCAGAGCCGUAUUAAUUGGAACGACAGUUGCUGUACCAAACAUGAUUGUUAGCUAUUUGCAAAGGACAAAUUUCAUAAGGAAAUUUCCAAUUGCUCUUGCUUCUUCUAGACUUGUAAUGACUUCCUUGAUCCUAGGAUUAAUGAUACCUGUUUCCUUCAGCUUGUAUCCUCAGAUGGGGAAGAUAAACAGGAGCAAACUGGAACCUUCAAUUCAGUUGUCAACAACUGAAGAUGAACUUCAUUACAAUAGAGGGCUGUGAAAGAGGGACAAAGUCAGAUUACUGGGUUGCUUUAUGCGUAUCAUUGUUAAACAUCAAUGUUAGCACCCAACAUGAUCAGAAGCCUGAUCAAUGCAAAUGUUUUACCUACUGGUUAAGUGUUUAAAAUAAGGAACGCAAUACAUUGAAAUCUAAUGUUUUAACUGUGAAUUAAAUAUUUUGUUUUAACAUUU